UCUUGACAAAGAAGAGUGCCCUUUGGAAAAGAGUCUCCACCAGAUGCUAGCGGUCGAAAAAGGAUACGUCAAUGUUUUCUAGAGCUUCUUCCUUUCUUAGAUUUAUUUCACCAUCUGCAAGAAAACUCACGUUUUCUCCCCUGUUUUCACCAUCGCAUUCGCAAGCAACUUAUAGAUCACUUUCUGCCAUGGCCACUCAACGUGCUGCGCAAAUCGUCGAACAUUCAGACAUAAUUCGGUCUGCUGGUGACAAGCGACUCUACCGGGCAAUGACAUUGAAAAAUGGGAUGAAAGUCAUUCUCGUCAGUGACCCAGAAACGGAUAAAUCUUCAGCAGCCCUAGACGUCCAUGUAGGUUUCAUGAAGGACCCUAAAGAUCUACCAGGUCUGGCUCACUUCUGUGAACAUAUGCUGUUUCUGGGAACAAAAAAGUAUGAAGAAGAGAAUGCAUAUAACAAAUUUUUGAGUGAGCAUGGAGGGAUGUCAAAUGCCUAUACUUCAUCAGAGAAUACAAAUUAUUUCUUUGACGUCAGACCAGAAAACUUAUCAGGGGCUCUAGACAGAUUUGCCCAGUUUUUCUUGUGCCCAUUGUUUACACCCUCUGCCACUGAUAGAGAGGUAAAUGCUGUCAACUCAGAGAACGACAAGAAUUUACAGCAAGAUCCCUGGAGGUUCAACAUGUUGGACAGGUCCCUGGGUAAUCCCGAUCAUGAUUACACCAAGUAUGGAACAGGUAACAAGGAGACUUUGGAUACCAUUCCUAAAUCCAAGGGACUGAACACGAGAGAUGAGCUUCUGAAGUUUCAUUCCCAGUAUUAUUCCUCCAACAUCAUGUCUCUGGCAGUGCUAGGAAAAGAAUCUUUGGAUGAGUUAUCGGAGAUGAUAUUGCCACUGUUUGAACCUGUGGCCAAUAAAUCUGUGGACAUUCCUUCCUGGGCAGAGGGUCCCUAUGGUCCAGAGCACGUCAAAAAAAUCUGUUAUGCGGUGCCUGUGAAGGAUUUAAGGAACCUUUCUGUCUCAUGGACCAUUCCUGACCUCUCAGAUUACUACGCCUCAAAUCCGGGACAUAUACUGGGUCAUUUGAUUGGACAUGAAGGACAAGGAAGUCUGUUGUCAGAACUCAAACAAAAAGGUUGGGUGAACUCCCUCUGUGGAGGUCAGACAGAUGGAGCCAAUGGUUUUAUGUUCUUCAGGAUCGACUUUGAUUUGUCUGAAGAAGGACUUGAGCAUGUAGAUGACAUUUUGCUGAAGAUGUUCCAGUACAUAGAAAUGCUGAGGAAAGAAGGUCCCCAGGAAUGGGUGUACAAAGAAUGUCAGCAGCUCUCAGACAUGAUCUUCAAGUUCAAGGACAAGGAAAUGCCAAUCAAUUACACAUCCUUCUUAGCAAGGAGAACACAGAAAUAUCCCCUCCCUGAGAUUCUGAGUGGCUCAUAUCUGUUGACAGAAUACAGACCUGACCUUAUCACCAUGGUGCUUGAUAAACUGGUUCCAGAGACCAUGAGGAUUGGAGUGGUUGCUAAGAAGUUUGCUGACGUAGUUGACCAGAAGGAGAAAUGGUACGGCACUGACUAUAAAGUGGAGGACAUUCCAGAGGAAAAACUUCAGAAAUGGAAGAAUUGUGGAUUAGGUGAAAAUCUUCAUUUGCCACCCAGAAAUGAGUUCAUUCCAACAAAUUUUGAUCUUGUGCCUAGAGAAAAAGAUUGUUCUCCUUUGCCAGAGAUGGUUAAAGAAACUGGUCUGACCAGGCUAUGGUUCAGACAGGAUGAUAAAUUCCUACUGCCCAAAGCUUGUAUAAACUUUGACAUUUCAAGUCCCAUUGCAUACAUUGACCCUCUACAUGCCAACAUGUCCGCCUUGUUCACCGAGCUAUUUAAGGACGCCCUUAAUGAGUACGCCUACGACGCUGAGCUGGCGGGAUUAAGUUACGACUUAAUGAGUACAAUAUGGGGCAUGGUGCUUCAAGUGAAAGGUUACCAUGAAAAACAGCCCAUUCUUCUGAGGAAGAUCUUGGAGAAACUCACUGACUUCAAAGUGGAUCCAAAGAGAUUUGAAAUUCAUAAAGAAAUGUAUAUAAGAGGGCUCCGUAAUUUCUUUGCUGAGGAACCCUAUCAACAUUCUGUCUACUACACCAAUAAUCUGAUGGCUGAGAUUCAGUGGACCAAGGCUGAGCUACUGCAGUCUGCCGCAGAUGUGACAGUGGAGAAAUUGCAGGCCUUUAUACCAGAGCUGUUGUCCCAGUUAUUCAUUGAAGCCUUAAUCUACGGCAAUGUGACAAAGCAGCAAUCCAAAGACAUCAUAGAUAUGACAGAGAAAAUUCUGUCAGAAAAGUGUGGUACCAGAGAGUUGUUACCAAGUCAGUACAAGAGAUACAGAGAAGUCCAGAUUCCAGAUGGUUGUUAUUACCUAUAUCACACAGACAACAAAGUACAUAAGAGCAGCUCUAUAGCCAUUUAUUAUCAGUGUGGCAUGCAGGACACACUGCCCAAUAUGUUACUGGAGCUACUGGUACAGAUCGUGGGGGAACCCUGCUUCGACAUCCUCAGAACAAAGGAACAAUUAGGUUACAUUGUGUUCAGUGGUGUACGGAGAGCUCGUGGAGUCCAAGGUCUACGGGUUAUAAUUCAAUCAGACAGACCGCCACAGUAUGUGGAUGACAGGGUGGAAGCCUUUUUAAACCACAUGGAUACCGUUAUCCAAAACAUGAGUGAGGAGGAAUAUAACAAACACGUCAAUGCCCUGGUCACUAAACGAAUGGACAAACCAAAGAAGAUCAACGGACAGAACACUAAAUACUGGUCAGAGAUACUGUCCAACACAUACAACUUUGACAGAGAUGACAUAGAAGUUGCAUGUCUGAAGACAAUUAAGAAGGACAGUUUGAUGAAGUUUUUCAAGGAUUUCAUAGCUGUAGAUGCCCCACAAAGGCACAAGCUCAGCAUCCACAUUUCGCCAGCCACAGAAGAACUCAGUACAGAUGAACCAAACACCAAUGGCAAUGGAAUUGACCUCUUACCUGUACCUCCUAAUCUACCAAAGCCCACUGUUGUGGAUGAUAUUGCAGAUUUCAAGAGGCACUUGGGUUUGUACCCCCUUCCCAAACCAUUCAUAGAUAUCAGAAAAGCCAAAUCAAAGUUAUAAAGAGCAGGACUGUCAAUACCAUAUACCAAGUCUUUCUUCAUUUUAAUCUAUCAAUUCCCUGUUUUAAUUGUAAAAUAUGGACACUUUUCUAAGCAUUUCAUGUAUUUUGAUUGUAAAUCUUGUUGCAGUGACCCAUAGUUAGUUUUCCUGGCAGAUUAUUUCUGUUGAUUGUUUUUGAUUUCCAUAGCUCAGGAUACAAAUAUGAAAAAUAGUGAUCUUAAGCUUAGAACAAAGUUAUGUUUAUAUAGUAAUACAUGAUUUAAGUGAAUACUCUCAUGAUUAAUUCGUUCAUUCCCUGGUGGUUUUAGAACAUAUCAUAAACUUAUUCAAUAUAGCAAUUUACAAGUAUUCUUAACAAAAUUUUUUGUCCCUGGCACUUUUCUAUAAGCCUUAAAAGUGUAUACACAAUAUCUUAUUCUAAGUAUUAUUAUCAAAGGGCAUUUUCAGGUGCUUAUGAAUUAAGUACACAUAAUUGUAUAUUAUAGUAACCAAACUGGUAUUUGUGAAGAAAUUAUGCUCAUGGCUUGUAAACAUUUAACAUUUUAUGUAUUUCAAAUUCUAUUGAAAAAAAUGCGUAUACUUACAAACCUUAUGUAGCAGUUUUAAAUAUGGAACUGUUUUAGUUAUUUUAGACACAGAUCCAAUAAAAAAGAUAAUGUGUGGGUAGUAAUUUCGUGUUGUUGAUGUUUUAACUCAAGUUGAAGGGUUUUAAGAAUGUGAUACAAAAAUUUUAUAUUAUUUAUGCAGAAUGUCUCAUUUUGAGUAUUUAGCAAAAAAAUUAUAUAUUACCCGCUUCCAUAAAUAUCCACAUCUGCAGUAAUGGUUUCAGGCUUGUACACAUUUAUCCUUUUCACCUGUUAUAUGAACUACAGUCCUAAUCUGUGUAAUCAUUCGACAAUGAUUGAUGUAUAGUGAAAAUUACUGUUAAAUAUAUAUACAACAAUUUUUUUUGUCUUCUGUUUAUGUAAAUAAAAGAGCAUCUGAAUCGUUAA